GUUAGUUUACUGUUCAAUUCUUCGUUGCAUUUUUUAAAACUCGUUCAUAGACAGAUACAACAUAAUGAUUUAUAUAAUUUUAACAGGUUUGAUAGCAUUGGGUUUGGCAAUCGUCUAUGGUGUUGUAUUGUACUUUUCACAUAUCCCAAGACUUGAAACACCGAGUGAACUGACGUAUAUAACCAACGAUUUCACUGAGAAUAGCUAUGAUUUACCACCUCGAUUGACUUCGCAGGUUGGAUUGAAAGAUCAAAGCUUACAUGGCAGAGGAAGUAUUGAAUUGAGUGUUGUGAUUCCAUGUUAUAAUGAAACCAAUAGAUUGGGUAAAAUGCUCGAUGAAGCCACGGAGUAUUUGAAUAAGAACUAUAAGGAAAAUUAUGAAAUUCUCAUUGUUGAUGAUGGAUCAAGUGAUGGCACUGAUGAUUACGCCUUGCGUAAGGCCACCCAGUUGAAAUUGGCUCCUCAUAUCCUUCGAGUAAUUAAGUUGAGCUCAAAUCGUGGUAAAGGCGGUGCUGUCACUCAUGGGUUAUUACAUUCAAGAGGUAGAUUGGCCCUUUUUGCUGAUGCUGAUGGGGCUACGAAGUUCUCUGACGUUAAGAAAUUGAUGGAUUGGUUAAACCAACUAGGCAACAAGCCAGGGGUUGCUAUUGGCUCAAGAUCCCACAUGGUGGAUACUGAUGCAGUUGUUAAAAGAUCCUUUAUUCGUAACUUCUUAAUGUAUGGUUUACAUACCUUGGUUUACAUUUUUGGAAUAAGAGCAAUCCAAGAUACUCAAUGUGGAUUCAAAAUGUUCAACCAAGAGUCAGUAUCAAAAGUUUUCCCCCAUAUGCAUACCGAAAGAUGGAUUUUUGACGUUGAAGUCUUAUUACUAUGUGAGAUUCAAGGUAUUGCAAUGCAAGAGGUUCCAGUCAACUGGCAAGAAAUCGACGGGUCCAAAAUCGACUUGGCAAAAGACUCCAUUGGCAUGGCCAUAGAUUUGGUAGUCACCAGAAUAGCCUAUCUAAUCGGAACCUAUAAACUCAAUGAAUGCGGACGAUUAUCAAAGAAACACCAAUAAUUCAUUAGCAGAUAUUUUAAAUAUCCGUACAGUUUUUUUUCCUUUCUCUUUAUAUCCCGUUUGUACAAUAGCAUUUGCUCUACUAGCCUAAUUACA